CUCUUCACUCAGGGGCAUGUUUCUACACGUUUCUUCCAACGCAUUUAAUUGCAGAUAGGGUUUAACUGGAUUUAAGAUACCUUUUUAUUUGGUUAAGAUCUUUACCUUUAACUCUGCAAUUGAUUACUAAAUUAUGAUGUAUUAGGACAUGUUAGGCAAGAUAUAUUAUGAAAAGAUAAAUUUAUGUCAGAAAUGUUUAUAAAUGAAACAGGCGUAUCAAAUAUUCUAGAUAAGAUUCAGAAUUCCUUGAGUCAAUUAAGUUUUUACUAAAGAUAGGAUAGAACAAACUGUAGCCAAUAAGAAAAUAUAUUCACAAAAAGCAAUAUUCUACACGCUGCAGACGAUUUUAUUAUAGACAUACAAUAAGGUCUCCAGAAGUUGGUUCUUCGUCACGAUUAAAACAAAAAUGGACGAUUCUCAAACUCAGACUUUUAAGGAUUCUUGGCCUUUAGAUGAAAGGGAAACUGAAGCUAUAAUAGAUUUUCUUCCGGUUCAGUCUCAGUUUUUUAGAAAUGACCAGGAUUUUGACUCGGUACUUAAACAUGACGAUGUGGUAGAUGAAAUUGCAGAGGUUAGUCCGAAAGAAAUUUCAGCAAUGCACGAAACGUUCUCAAGGAAUAACGAUUAUCCACAACAGCAGGUGGUGAAUAUCGAAUGGAAUUUAAAUUAUCUCUUCAACCCCGCACCACUAGAAAUACCUUCAAAAGAAAAAUGCAGGAGAUGGAUUUUUGCCCAUCCAGCUGGCGACAUUAACUGCCUUGAUGAUGAUAAAAUAGGAAAGUGGCUUCUAUUUCUGGACAAUGUACAUAGAUGUGAAUCAACAGGUAAGACGCUACACGACUAUGCCUGGCAGUUCGUAGAAGAAUUGGUGACAAAUGGCGUUCUUUUCGAUGCAAAAUGUUCUACUGUCAUGAAAGGUGUGUGCGAGGUCUAUGAUAAAAGCCAGAAAGGAGUUAUAUGCUGUUACACGCCUGAUUAUACCGACAAACAAGAUGUAAAAAGGGCUGCAGACGCAAUUAGAAGAGCAGUUCAUUACCCUUAUGGCAUGUAUUAUAAAACAGAUAAGGAUACUGGAGCCGGAAGAUAUGCUCACAGUGGUCAAAAGCAUGUAUCAACUUACAAACAUACAGCGGACAGAAAGUUGUACGAAAGAGAUUCCUUAAUUAAAUUCAAGUGGAAUCUUGUCGAUGUUUAAACUUAAGCAGCAUUCAGAAGAGCCCAACUAUUGUGUAUAACAGAAGGUCAUGUCUACCUCAGGAACAUCACGUGACCGCAGUGAGACAAUGGUAAAUAGUUGUCUCGUCGGGACAACUAUUUGCCAAUGUCCCAUUCGCGUCUUUUGACCAUCGAA